AUGUUUCGAAGCUCCAUUCUCGGAACCAACUCGGAGAAAUCAGGGUUGCACAUGGCUAGCAUAAGAUCAAUCGAGGCUAGAGAAGCACUAAACGAUGCGAACCCCAACACAAAGGGUGGUGAGCUGGUUUCUGGUAACAAAUUCACCGGUGAUAUCCCCAACGCCGGCCUGCAGAUCCCUGGCCAGCUCCUCAAUGAGGACGAUAAGAGUGCUUUGAAGAUCAAGAUUCACCUCAACAUUCAGAAGGUUCGUCUCGAUCUUGAUGCUCAGAUCUAUUGUGAUGCUGUGGUUGGCCUGAUGUAA